AUGGGGACCCUCAGCUGCAACCCUGAUCCACGGCUGACCACAGCACCCCAGGGCUGGCGGGCCACUGAGUGCCAGAUUCUGGAGACCGGCUUGAAGAAGUCCUGCGGGAUGGACACUCUGGAGAAUGGCUCGGGGCCAGGCUUGUAUGUCCUGCCGUCCACCGUGGGCUACAUCAACCACGACUGCACCAGGGCGGUCAGUCCGGCCUACUCCCUCUUCUGGAGGCCCCGCCCCACAUCUCCACAGGACACCAGCCCUGGGCCUGUCUACUUCCUGGACCCAAAAGUCACCCGGUUUGGCCGAAGCUGCACCCCUGCCUACUCCAUGCAGGGCCGGGGCAAGUCUCGGGGUCUGGAGGUGACACCAGGCCCUGGGGCCUACAGCCCAGAGAAGGUAGCCCCUGUGCGUCACCGGACGCCUCCGGCUUUCACUCUGGGAUCCCGCCUACGACCACAGCUCCAGGACACCUCAGCCCCUGCCCCUAACACCUAUACUCUGCCCUCCCUCUGGGGCUCCCAGAUAUUCACUAAGCCCAGCAGCCCCAGCUACACGGUAGCAGGCCGCACACCCCCCACUCGCCCCCCUCAGGACCCUGCUGAGAUACCAGGCCCUGGCCAGUAUGAUAGCCCAGACCCCAACACCUACCGUCAGCGCCGGCCCGCCUUCACCAUGCUGGGCCGGCCGCGUGCCACCCGCACCCCGGAGGAGACUCCUGGGCCUGGUGCCCACAGACCUGAGCAGGUCACCAUGACCACAGCCAGGGCCCCAGCGUUCACCAUGGGCAUCCGCCACUCCAAAAGGGCUACCACCAUGGGUGGGGACAUCACGCCCUGA